AUGACAGCUUCGACAAUCAGGCAGCCUGAUGCUCAGCAAGUAAUCGGUCCUCUUGUGCCCGCACUGACAGCCGCAUCACUGUCAACGCAGCCGGCCGAAGCCGUCUUACCUCUCCUUUCUCCCAUUCUGAGACAGCGAGUCCAACUUCUGUCUUCUGCCUCCAGCAACGACCCGUGGAUCCGGCUGUUAUGCUACGAUGUGGCAAGCGUGCCCAAGUUGACCGAGAUUGCCCAGAGCCCGCGACUAGAACCCCAUCCCGUGUCUGGCGAGGUCGAGAUCGACUGGGACUACGAUGCGGAAAUACAAUAUCGACGGGUGGAUGAGGAAACCUUCCAGGCACUCGUGGUGCUGAAGGAUAUGGAGCUGGCCUUUCGACUGGUCUAUUGUACCGGUGACCCUAUGGGCGAUGGGUGGAAGGUCGGCGAGGUCAGCAUCCCCAACAAACCGUCGCCGUUUUCGUCCUUUGGAGGCGUGUCGACAAUCGCGGAGGCCGAGAGGCAGUUUAACGAGUCAGAGCCGAAGAGCGCGCCGGCUGCGCCGAGCAAUGGACCGUCGAUUACACGAAGCGCGCCAGUCAUUGACGAAGAUGAUGAUGAAGACGACGACGAUUACUGGGCCCGAUACGAUGCCACCCCUGGCGCGAAAACACCUGCUACAAAGAGAUCACCACCUCCGCAGUCGACCCAGCCUCCAGACCCUGCAGCCGACGCCGAUUAUUACGCUCAAUACGACGAUGUCCAGCCCGCCAUGGACAAUCACGAUCCGGACGAGGAAUCUAGUCUCAACGUAGCUCCUCCACUCGGAUUAGCUUCCUCGAGACCGAAUAACCCGGCGCGGAACGGCAACCCGAGAGAAGAGGCGGAGCUGAACGAGACUCAAGGGACUUGGACUUUAGCGGAACCGCCCACAUCUGCCUCUACGAGAAGUGGCGAUGACCCAAACCUCGUACACCCUCAUCCGAGGCCAGGGUCAAGUGCCGGGUCCAGCGCAUCGGUCGAGAAGCUGGAGGCUGCGGCUGCCAAACAGGAACAGAGCGACGUUGGCGUGAAGCAACAUGUCUCUCGUAGCAUCAAGAGCUUGUUCUUGUUGUCUCGGGCCUCGGGCAUCGAUCGCGAGGAUUUUGAGCGGAUGGUGAAGACGGAGCUCGACAUGCUUGGACUGAUGGAAGACUGA